AAACGGAUGCCAACUGCUCUUAAAUCCCAAAGAAGAAGAAGAAGAAGGAAACGCGGCUGUCCAGCUCUGCGAUCACGAUCUCAUCACAUCCACUCAGCAUGGACUUCUCAAUCCGUGCAGCCAACCUGGACGACUGCAAGGACAUCGCGCGCAUGAUCAUGGAGCUGGCAGAAUAUGAGAAAGUGUCAGACCAUGUGAAAGUCACCCAGAAAGACUUGGAGCAGGAUGGCUUUUCCAAGAACCCGUUCUUUCAUGGGAUCAUCGCUGAGGUGCCAGAACAGCACAAAACCAAAGAAGGCCACACAAAGAUCGGCUAUGCACUUUACUUCUAUUCCUACAGCUCCUGGUCAGGCAGAGCCAUUUAUAUGGAGGACUUGUACGUGAUGCCUGAGUUCAGAGGGAAAGGCGUUGGUAAAGCACUAAUGAGCAAGGUGGCACAGCUGGGUCUGGCUGCUGGUUGCCACCAGCUCAACUUCACCGUCCUGAACUGGAACAAACCAUCGAUGGACUUCUACCUCAGCCAGGGCUGCUUCGAUGUCACUGCUACAAUGGACUACCACUGCAUGCGCUGUGAGGGGGAGGCGCUGAAGCACCUGGCUCAACUUUAACCCAACCCCCAACUUUGUGACCUCUGCAGUGAUGAGAUCAACAGAUAAUUAUUUUUCAAGGCAGGGAGCUGAAGGACGCUCACUGUCUCAGUGAUUAUGGAAUCCAACAUGGGUCCAUUGUACAAGUAUCUCUAACACAGGAGAAGGGCUACCUGAGAAAGGUGACAAAAAAACGGAGUGUGGAAUGGAAGAGCUGUCUAACUUUUAAAUUAUUUGAACAACACAGCAGAACAGCAUCUCAGUGACCCCAGCGCCCAGUGUGCUCAGUGCUGUGUUCAAAAUUUUUCAGAAGGAAUUUCAGGAGAAAGGUCUGUCAUUUAAAAAGAUGUAAUUUGCUUUGGCAGUUGAAAUUACAAGUUUACACAGCGCUGUGGACCUCUGUGUGAACCAGCAGCAUGCUUCACAAAAUCACUGAAUCAGGUGGUACAGGUUUUAUACUACGACAAUAACAAAGAUUAUAGUGGCCAUCUGGCUCCCACACGGACGUGGCAGUCUUGCUUUCUCCCUGCGAAUCUUCCCCGUCCAUAUCUGUGACCUCGUCUGGUAUCUGCUCCCUCCUCUGUAAGAGACACACAAGGAAAACACCUCCCUGCCUAGCCUUGAUAAUCUAAUGUCAUAAUACAUUGUUCCUCUACUGAUUCUAAGUCCAGGUUCAGGACAUCAUGUUCGGGACGCUCUAACCCAGAGACUUAUUCUAACUAUUAUCUGUGUGUAAGCUUGUUUGCAAUCAACCCUCUGCACUCUACGUCUUUAUUAUGAAUUGUAGUUUCUAUAAAUUAGCAGUUGCAAUGCUACUUUUAAACUAGUUCAGCUAGGCAGACAGCACACGGUGUGAAGAGCCUGUUACACUUUCAGCACUGGCAGCAGUAAAACUUUAAACUCUUUGAAGGGUUUAAAUGCAAAUAUAAAAUUUUAAUUUUUUAAGUCCUAUAUACAAGAAAGAGUGACCUUUGACAGAGGUCACUCUUUCGGGGAUGCCAAUGUUCACAUUUUGGACAGAGGACAGAUGGUUUGUUAAGAGAUUUUUACAUUUACUUACUUUGAUAACUUUUAUUUUGCUUAAGUAUAAUUUCUUGUGAGAACAUGAUGUGCCUGCAACCUACAGAUUAAGGAACAGAAGCAUGCGUGAGGAAGUUACAAAGUAACACACUCUCAGGCAGAGACAGUUCCAACCUGAAGCUGAUAUGACAAAAGAUACUAGUUCCUCUUGUCUUAUGGAUAACAGCCACUCAUGCGAUAACCAUAUCUAGAGAUGUUUUUCUAUUACGUAUGCUCCACCUAGAGAUGCUGUGUAAGCUAUUCUCUGCUAUAAAAUAAAGAACGGACUGAGGCUCUGCGCGACUUGCCUGUGUCUUGCCACGCAGUAAGCCUCGCCCAUGUACAUGCCAUAAA